AUGACGGCCACCGAGCUGCUCCGCGCCCAGCUCGAGGAGCAGAGCAUCGAGGGAGAUGAGCCUAUCCUUGAGGAUGAUGACGACGGCGAUGAAUACGAUGAUGAGGAUGAGGAUGAAAUAGAUGACCAUGAUGUUGAGGGAGGUGAUGCUAGUGGAAGAUCUAGGCAGACAAGGAGUGAGAAGAAGAGCAGAAAAGCAAUGGAGAAGCUUGGCAUGAAGGUCAUUACUGGUGUGAACCAUGUAACUAUCAAAAAGAGCAAGACCGUUACGUUUGUCCUCUCCAAGCCAGAUGUCUUCAAGAUCUCACACUCAGAAACCUAUGUCAUUAUCGGGGAGAUCAAGUUCGAGGACCUGAACACUGAGCUGCAGACACAAGCGACAGAGCACUUCAAGGCGCCGGGCCCAAGCAGGGUCAAUUCAAAGGGUGAGCCGUCUGUGGCAGCAAUCCAAGAUGACGAGGAGGUCGACGAGACGGGUGUUGACAAGAAGGACGUCGAGCUCGUGAUGAUGCAGGCCUCCGUGUCGAGAUCCAGGGCUGUGGAGGCACUCAAGGCUGCGGAUGGCGACAUCGUCAGCGCCAUCAUGGAGUUGACUAACUAGGUCCUGGAAGGUGGAGUUGUGUCCUGAUAAUAGGGGGGUUGGGUCAAUGCUGUC